UUUAUUUAAACAAAAUAAAAUAUCUUAGAAAAGCUUCACUGAACUUCAUUCAUGGCUUCACUUUCAACCCCAACAUACCCAUUCCCGUCGUCGAGAUUACACCGGCGACCGCCUACAAUACUCGCCGCCCAAUUUCGAGAAUCUGCACCUGGGUCCGGACCCGAACCCGAACCCAGACCCAAUUCGCUACCUUCUUCUACAAGCUCCAUAACAACUCAGCCAAGCCGAGGCAGAACACCGAAUAUUGAGAAGCUUAAAGAGCAGGAAGCCAAGGAGAGGAAGGAGGAGGUGAACAGGAAGAUAGCUUCGAGGAAGGCCAUUUCGGUGAUACUGCGAAGGGAGGCCACUAAGGCGAUUAUCGAGAAGAAGAGUGGCCCCAAACAAUCCAAGAGACUUCUUCCCAGGACUGUACUUGAGUCCCUUCAUGAGAGAAUUACUGCUUUGCGUUGGGAGUCGGCGCUUAAGGUUUUUGAACUAAUGCGCCAGCAGCUGUGGUAUAAGCCAAACUCUGGUGUGUACAUGAAGCUGAUUGUCAUGCUUGGGAAAUGCAAGCAACCUGAAAAGGCCCAUGAGCUCUUUCAAGCUAUGAUAGAUGAAGGUUGUCCUGUCAACCAUGAAUCCUACACUGCUCUUUUAUCUGCAUAUAGCAGAAGUGGUCUCUUUGAUCAAGCGUUUUCCCUCUUGGAGCGGAUGAAGAACACUCGAGAGUUUCAACCUGAUGUCCAAACUUAUACAGUCCUCAUCAAAUCAUGCCUUAAUGUUUUUGCCUACGAUAAAGUCGAGGCUCUUCUUUCUGACAUGACAUCUCAGGGGAUCAAACCAAACGUUGUUACAUACAAUACCCUCAUUGACGCCUAUGGGAAAGCAAGAAAAUAUGCAGAGAUGGAGUCGGUACUAGUGGAGAUGCUUCAAGAAGAGGAAUGCGAACCUGAUGUUUGGACAAUGAAUUCCACACUAAGAGCCUUUGGUGGAAGCAAGCAGGUAGAAAUGAUGGAGAAGUGUUAUGAAAAGUUUCAGAAAGCUGGGAUUGAACCCAACAUUAAAACCUUCAACAUCCUCCUGGAUUCUUAUGGUAAAGCCGGAAAGUAUGAGAAAAUGAGUGCUGUGAUGGAGUACAUGCAAAAAUACCAUUACUCAUGGACAAUAGUUACAUAUAAUGUGGUUAUAGAUGCAUUUGGGAGAGCUGGUGAUCUAAAACAGAUGGAGUACUUGUUCAGGCUAAUGCGUUCAGAGAGGAUCAAGCCAAGUUGUGUCACGCUAUGCUCCCUUGUGAGGGCUUAUGCGCAAGAGGGCAAAGCUGAAAAGAUCAGUGGCGUUUUGCGUUAUAUCGAGAAUUCAGAUGUAACAUUGGAUACAAUUUUCUUCAACUCUCUGGUGGAUGCUUAUGGCAAGCUGGGAUGCUUUAAAGAGAUGAAGGAGGUGUUGGUGAUGAUGGAGCAGAAAGGAUGUAAGCCUGAUAAGGUUACAUACAAAACCAUGAUCAAAGCUUAUUCAAUGAAUGGAAUGAGUAGUCAAGCAACGGAGCUUCGUGGUUUUAUUGGGUCAGAAAAAGGAAGAAAGCUAACUGUGAUGCAAAAGGAGAAACCUGACUUUUAAUGACACAAUUUUCAGGCUAUUGUAUAUCACUUAGAGCUCUGUACAUUAUCAUUGGUAGUGCUAGUGAGCCAUAAUACGUUUCAUUCUUUCAUGUAAAUACUCUUGAGGGUUAUGAUUCAUCUUGUUCAAAUAGAGAAGUUUUUCCAUAAACCCUCAUCCUAAUCCUGGGAAAUAUUUUUUUCCUAGUUUUCUACUUUCCUUCAAUAGCUUUAUAACUAGGUUAGUGGUGGACCUUACACUAAUAUAACUAGGUUCUUACAACAUUAAAAUUUCAUCUGUGUUGUAUUUAUACUUGUAUUAUGAUACUGGCAACUUAUUGUUUCUCUUC